AACUUUUUUAUCUUUAUUUAAAUUACCCGAUCCAACGUCAACAUUAUCAUCAUUAUUAUCAAUAUUGUCUUCCUUUCUGUACUUAAUGUUUCUUAGUCUGUCACUUAUAUGUCUCUGGAUAAAGUCACGCGGAUAACAAUUAUUUAACAAAAAUUUCUGUAACAAUUUCAAUAUUUUGGUCAUGAAAUCUGUUGUAGGCUAAUAAAAUCGCUCUGUCGGUGAGACUUAAUAUUACACCAAUUUUGUGCUUCAAGGGAGUACUCGCAAAAAAAUUAGUAUAAUGCCCCGAAAAAGUCGGUUUCCUGUAGCAAUUCGUAAUAAGAAUACCAUCAUCACGAAUAACAGUAGUAGCUUUUAUGCCGAGGAAUAUUGUUAAGAAAUUUUUUAAACGUAACGAGGUUCGUAUUAAGCUGGGUAUACACUUAGCGAACGAACGCCGAACGAACAGCGAACACGAACGUUCGUUGUUAUCAUUUAGCAGAUAUAUACGCUAAAGCGAAUGCGAAUGGAACGUUCGAUUCGCGUUCGGCUCGAUUCGCUCAUGAGGCGGUACAUCAAAGACAAUUCGUGCGCGAUGUGGACGCGCACAUGCUGUUCGCUACUGUUCGCUGCUGUUUUGUCAUAACCUUUUCUGUACCGUAACCGUAUCGUAGGAGUUGAAGACGCGUUAACUCCAGUCCGAAGCAUCUUAAAAAAAGUAACCGUAUCGUAAUCGUAAGUGCCGAUUUACCGAUUUUAUUGACUUUGAUAAAGAAGAGUAUAAUACUACAAUGGAAUGGACCGAAGAGGAAACUUUAAAAUUAAUAACAAGUUAUAAAGAGUAUGAGUUAUUGUGGAAUCCGAAACACACAUCUUAUCACAAUAAAUUAAAGAAAAAUACUGCUUGGGAAGAAAUAGCAAAGGAAUUUAAGUGUCAAGUAUCGGAAAUAAAGAAAAAGAUAGAUUCUUUACUAUCUUCUUUCAGAAGAGAGAGAAUGAAAUGUGUAACAAAAUCAGGAAGUGGUAGAGACGAAAUUUAUAAAUCUACGUGGUUUGCUUUCAAUCACAUGUCAUUUCUUUUGGAUAAAGAAAAUGAAUCAGUUAAUCAAUUAAUGUCAUCAUCAGUUAAUGAGUUAACAGAAAAUCAGAGUAAUGAUAAUAACGAUGUACAAGCUGAAGAAUCAUCAAGCUCUACGGAUGUAGAGAAAGAUUUAAAUACACAGACAGAUAAAAAUUUGGGAAAUACAACUACAUUCUUGAACAUACCACGAUCAAAGAAAAGAUCUAUUUCUAUUGAAGAAAUACGGAUGUCUGAAGCAUAUAAUAUUUUAAAAAGUACUGUACAGACUAACAAGCAAAAGGAUAAUAGUGAUAUUUUUGGUGAUUAUGUUUCAAGAAAACAUCGUAAAUAUAAUUCUAGAACACAAAGUUACGUUGAAUAUCAAAUCAAUAAUAUUCUGUUUCAAGCUGAUAUGCAAACAUAUGAAAAUGUUCAACAUUUUGCAAAACUAUCAACACAGUCUACUUCUUCAAAUAGUUCCCAUGAUGAUUUGUUAUCAAUUUCUUCACUUUCGUCAUCAGCAUCACCACAAAUAUUACAAUCAGCAACAGUCUUGCCUAUUCACACUUUAGACGGUAAUACGUAUAUCGUUAACGAUACAAAUAAUAUUUAAGAUAUUUGAAAAAAUAUAUUUUAAUAAUUAAUAUAAUUAAUUAUGUUAUUAUUACUAAGUUAUUGAACACACAUACACCUGUCUAAAUUUAUCAGGAACAUGUUUCGACAGAAAUUUCAUCAACUCAGAUCAUCCUCAGAUCAUGUGGGUCCGUACAUAAUAUGUAUUCAAUAACUUACAAUUAGUAAUAAGAACAUAAUAUAAAACAUAUAAAACAAAGUAUAUAACGUUGCUCAAUACUGUCUACUACUGUGAUAUAACAUUUAAGCGGUAAUGUUAUAAAGAGACGUUAAGUUUAUUUAUUCUAUGAGACUGUUUUCUGUUUUCUAUUUUCUACUGUGAUAAAGUAGAAAUCUAAGUGUUGACGAUGGAAAAUUUUAUAUUAAAUACAUUUCAUUUGAGAAAAUUUAAGAUUAUCAGCAAAUAAACAAAUAAGACGUUACACCAAUUAAUAAACAAAAACAAUGUAAUAUUAAUUUUUAUUUUUAAGUAAAAAAAGAUAUCUGAAUCAAAUUUGUAUGACAAUACGAUUUAAAAAAUAUUAAUUAAUUCUUAAUUUUUUUACAAUUUUAUUAUUUUAAUAUUUUUCUUAAACUGGUGCUUAUUCAGCAGUAUGAUGUAAUAAGUACUUCGAAAAAAAUAAUUUUGCAUAUUAAAUUGCUACAAAUAUAUUAAUAAUUUAAGAAUAUCUAUUAUACAGUUAUAUGUUAUUAAAGUGUGUAUGUGUAUAUAUAUGUUUUGUUUACUUACCCGAAUUAUUUCCUGCAAUGCUUCUAUUAUAGCAACACACACUUCAGGCACAAUUCUUGAAAUUAAUUGUUUUGACACUUUAAAAAGAUACAUAAAACUUGUGUAAGAAUCCCCUGUUGCUAGAAAACGAAGAGUAAUAGCAAAUCUCUCUUGGAUCGGAAUUGAUUGACGAAACACUGUAUCCUGUUUAGAAAUUUUAUGUCCAAUUCUAUUUAAUAAUAGUUCAAAAUCUUCUGCAGACAUUCUACAGAAAUUUUGGAAUUGUCCUAUAUAGUUUGCUUUUAAAUCGCUUAGUAAAUUGCUUCCUCUAUAUUGUACACGA